CUCUUGGACUUUAAAGACAUUUUUGCCCUCACAGAGUGUGAUGUAGGCCUGACACACUUGGUGGAACACGUUAUUGACACUGGGGAUGCUCGUCCUGUUAAAAUGCGUCCUCGUCGCCUUCCUCUGGCUCAUCAGGAGGCGGCUGACCAAGAACUGCGUGAGAUGCUAAAGAUGGGCAUCAUAGAGCCAUCUGAAAGUCCCUGGGCAUCUGCUGUGGUGAUGGUGCCCAAGAAGAACAGUCCACGAAUGCGCUUCUGCCUGGACUACAGGCCACUUAAUAAAGUUACUAAAAAGGACUCUUAUCCCCUUCCCAGAAUCGAUGAGUCUCUCGACCUGGUGGCAGGGUCUUCUUGGUUCUCCACCCUGGACCUGCGAAGUGGUUACUGGCAGGUGCCUCUGUCCCCAGAUUCUAGACCAAAGACGGCCUUUUGCACGAACAGGGGACUGUGGCAGUUCAGAGUCCUGAGCUUUGGCCUGUGCAACGCCCCAGCCACCUUUGAGAGACUUAUGGACGGUGUGCUGGCUGGUGUCCCAAGACAGCAGUGUCUGGUCUACCUGGACGACCUCCUGGUGCAUGGGACCUCUUUUGAAACCACCAUGGAUACCCUGAGACAGGUAAUGGAGAGAGUAAGGGCCGCAGGCCUUAAGCUGCACCCGGACAAGUGUCACUUCAUGAGGAGGGAGGUGGAGUUCCUUGGUCACAAGUUGGGUCGGGAGGGCAUCAGCACUUUGGAGGAAAAAGUGCAGACCAUUAGGGACUGGCCCACUCCCGCAGACCAGGUGCAACUAAAAAGCUUCCUGGGACUGGCGUCAUAUUACAGGAGGUUUGUAAAAGGCUUCUCCUCCAUAGCUGCACCACUCUUUCGCCUGCUGUCCAAUGCGGAUGCACUAUCCCGCCGCCCAUGUGCCGCGACAGGCUGCCGCUAUUGUGGGAAGCGGGAGGAGAAGGAGAGGGAACUCACAGCAACAGAUAAUCCUGCACAGCUCUCCUGCAGGGCACUCCUAGUGGUGGACAUGGCAGAAUGGAGGGCCCAGCAGGAGCAAGACACCGACCUGCUACCAGUACUACGAUGGCUUGAGAACGAGCAGCGACCUAACUGGGAUGAGGUUACCGGGCUCUCUAUCGCCACCAAAGGGCUGUGGGCCAAGUUCAAUGCCCUAAGGUUGGACAAGGGAGUGCUGCAGCGCGGCUGGAAAGAUCCUGCUACAGGUGAGGAAAGGUGGCAAGUUGUGGUACCCAAGUCGCUAAGGCCAGCGGUGCUGGAAGCCUGCCAUGGGAGUAGAGGCGCUGGCCACUUUGGCGUGUCAAAGACCCUUCGCCGCCUGCGCCAGGGUUACUAUUGGGGCCAGCAGCGUAGAGAUGUGGAGGGCUUCUGCCGAAGCUGUGACUCCUGUGCCGCCCACAAAGGUCCGCUGGACCAGUCCCGUGCUCAACUUCAACAGCAACCGGCAGGUGCACCGAUGGAGCGAGUGGCUGUGGACAUCAUGGGGCCAUUUCCCCGGACUGAUAGGGGAAACCGCUAUGUGGUUGCUGCUAUGGACUAUUUUACCAAAUGGCCGGAGGCAUACGCCAUCCCGGACCAGGAGGCGGAGACAGUGGCUGACACAUUAGUGGAGGGAAUGCUCAGCAGAUUUGGAACGGCAGGGGUUCUUCACAGUGACCAAGGCCGUAACUUUGAGUCCAGGGUGUUUGCUGCCAUGUGCGAACGCCUUGGAAUUCAGAAGACCCGCACCACGCCACUCCACCCCCAGAGUGAUGGCCUGGUGGAAAGGUUUAAUAGGACACUGGCCCAGCAGUUAGCCAUCAUCACGUCAGAACACCAGCGUGACUGGGACACUCACCUCCCACUCAUCCUAAUGGCCUACAGGUCGGCCGUCCAGGACUCCACCCAGUGCACACCCGCCCUGCUCAUGUUAGGGAGAGAACUAAGGACCCCUGCU